AUGGCAACCACCGAGACAAUCCUCCAGGGCGUCAACGUCCUGGGCGCGGUCACGGACGCCCAGCGCAAGAUCCUGACGCCGGACGCCCUCGCCUUCCUGGCCCUGCUGCACCGCUCCUUCAAUGCCACCCGCAAGUCCCUGCUCGAGCGCCGCAAGCUCCGCCAGGCCGAGCUGGACCGCGGCAUCCUCCCCGAUUUCCUGCCCGAGACCAAGCACAUCAGGGAGAACUCGACAUGGAAGGGCGCCCCGCCCGCCCCCGGUCUGGUCGACCGCCGGGUCGAGAUCACCGGCCCGACUGACCGGAAGAUGGUCGUCAAUGCCUUGAACUCGGACGUCUGGACUUACAUGGCCGACUUUGAGGACUCAAGUGCCCCGACGUGGGAGAACAUGGUCAGUGGCCAGGUCAACCUCUAUGAUGCCAACCGUCGCCAGGUCGACUUCAAGCAGGGCUCCAAGGAGUACAAGCUGCGUACCGACCGGACGCUGCCGACCCUGAUUGUCCGCCCCCGUGGCUGGCACCUCGAGGAGAAGCACGUCACCGUCGACGGCGAGCCCAUCUCGGGCUCCCUGUUCGACUUUGGCCUCUACUUCUACCACAACGCCCACCAGACCCUCAAGAUUGGCAUCGGCCCAUACUUCUACCUCCCCAAGAUGGAGUCCCACCUCGAGGCUCGCCUGUGGAACGACGCCUUCAACCUUGCCCAGGACUACGUCGGCGUGCCCCGCGGCACCAUCCGCGGCACCGUCCUGAUCGAGACCAUCCUGGCCGCCUUUGAGAUGGACGAGAUCAUCUACGAGCUGCGAGACCACAGCUCCGGCCUCAACUGCGGCCGCUGGGACUACAUCUUCAGCACUAUCAAGAAGUUCAGGAACAACUCCAACUUUGUCCUACCGGACCGCAGCGCCGUGACCAUGACGGUCCCCUUCAUGGACGCCUACGUCAAGCUCCUCAUCCAGACCUGCCACAAGAGAGGCGUUCACGCCAUGGGCGGCAUGGCUGCCCAGAUUCCCAUCAAGGACGACAAGGCCGCCAACGACAAGGCCAUGGAGGGCGUGCGCGCCGACAAGCUGCGCGAAGUGCGUGCCGGCCACGACGGAACCUGGGUUGCUCACCCUGCAUUGGCGGCCAUCGCCUCCGACAUCUUCAACAAGAACAUGCCGACGCCCAACCAGCUGUUCGUCCGCCGCGAGGACGUCAAGAUCGGCCAGAACGACCUGCUCAACAUGAACGUCCCAGGCAAGAUCACCGAGGAGGGCAUCAAGAAGAACCUCAACAUCGGCCUCGGCUACAUGGAGGCCUGGAUCCGCGGUGUCGGCUGCGUCCCCAUCAACUACCUGAUGGAGGACGCCGCCACCGCCGAGGUCUCUCGCUCCCAGCUCUGGCAGUGGGUGAAGCACGGCGUGUCGACGGCCGAGGGCAAAAAGGUCGACAAGGCCUACGCCCUCAAGCUCCUCAAGGAGUCGACCGACGAGCUGGCCAGCAAGGCACCCAAGGGCAACAAGUUCCACCUCGCCGCGCAGUACUUUGCCGGCCAGGUCACUGGGGAGGACUACGCUGAUUUCCUGACCACGUAA